CCUCCAGUCAAUUUUGAUCAUUUUAACUAAUGAAUCAAAGCCAGUGGAACACAUUGUCUCACUGCUUCCUAUGUUAUCCAAAGUGUCAGGAGAAGCGGUGAGUUGUGGGACUGGAUCUGCCCCUGCUUUCUCAUGAUAAGGGAGGCAGGGCAGUGCUUCUGGUCUGCAAACAGCUGAACACUUUGCAGAAGAGUGAGAACUGACGAUACAGCAGUGGGAGAGAGAGAGGGAGAGAGAGCCUGAGGAACAACGGUGCAGCCAAGGAGACCACAGAAACACUCUUCCCCCAAAUCCCCGACUCUGUGGAGAGAGAGGGGAGAAAGACGCGGUGCACACACACAAAGACAUUCUUGGCUUUCAGUUUAAAAGAAGAAGAAGAAAAUUACAAUACGCGGGGCGCGAUCAUUUGUUCUGAGUUACAAAUUCAAGAAGAAAGGCGUGACAGCCGGCUGCAGGACUCAGUUUUACCAUUAGCGCAACAUCUCCCGAUACAAAGUGAGGGAUUGUAGCACAGCGCUGCAUGAAGGAUAAAUCCAUCCGGGAGAAGAGAGCAUCAGAGACAGGAUGAGAGCGACUCUGCGGAUCAAGUGGCUGAUAGUUUUACUCGGCUUUCUGUGUCACAGCGUCUAUGCAGAUACUGCUGCAGAGACAACCACUGGGACACCUGCUGAUGUCACAAGUGUUGCUGCCACAGAUGGGAAUGAACCUACAAAGACUACAGCCACAACUGUGUCAGCAACAACAGCAACAGCGGGAGUCACUACCAGUCAGAAUAACACCGACAAACAGAGCACAGCAGUGCAGACAACACAGACUAUCCCAACUCAGAGCACACCAACUCUCAAAGCAGAAACAGCAGGAACAAGCUCCACAGCAGCUCUCACUUCUCCCACCAAAGAGGCUACGACUGCGAUCACCACUUCAUCCUUGGCUGCUACACCCACGCCAGCCCCAUCAGAAACAGUCACUACCCCCAGCACCGCAUCAGUGCUGAGCACUAAGCCUUCCACAGUAACGGCAUCAACAUAUUCUCUGUCCAGUAAAAUCACUGCACCAUAUGUGUCAUCACCAAACGAGGAUCAACGCGAGAGCACGAACAGCCCCACAGUACCAACAUCCAGGGCUCCAGCACAGACGCUUCCCACAGUUUCCACUGAAAUCCCUGAAUCUACAAUAGUACCUGGAGAGGCCAGAGCGAACACUCAGCUUACAAACCCAGGGGACUCCAUCACCUCCUCCAUCACCUCCUCCAUCACCUCCUCCAGCACCUCCUCCAUCACCUCCUCCAUCACCUCCUCCAGCAUCUCCUCCAGCACCUCCUUCAGUGUGAAAAAAGGAGUUAAUACAGCAACUACAGAUUCAGCCAUGCAAGCCACCGUCACUAUCAAGACUCCAACAUCCACCCAGAAGUUUGUUUAUUUCCACAAAGGCAACGUGGAGACCAAGGAAAAAGAUGGCGAGAAAAAUUUCAGGAAAGUGUGCAAGAGGCUGAUGGAGAGCAUGGACAACGGAUCCUGCACCCUGAACUGGCUCGUCCAAAACGGAUCAGUGAAAAUCGAAUCUGUGGAGAUAAAUGGCAAAGUGAACGAAAGCCUUGCGCAGCAGUAUUAUGACGAGCUCGCCCAGAAAGAACAGAUAAAGACCGAUAACAAAACCCUGAUCGCUAUCCUGGCCUCCUGCGGAGCCCUUCUUAUCAUGAUCGUCAUCCUCGGUGCCUGCGCCUCCCACCACCGUAAGCCUUACAAUGAGAACCAGCAACACCUAACAGAAGAGCUGCACACUGUGGAAAACGGUUACCAUGACAACCCCACGCUGGAAGUGAUGGAAGUGCAGCCCGAGAUGCUGGAGAAGAAGAUGGUGCUGAACGGAGAGUUCAACGACAGCUGGAUGGUACCUUUGGACCACCUGUCGAAAGAGGACCACCCCGAAGAGGAGGACACCCACCUGUAAGGACGGGUGGGAGAGGGGCGGGUCACAGGGCGCGCAACGCCACAACAAAUCGAGCUAUACCCACGCAUCUUAAACUCUUGUCUCUCAUGCCCUUGUAGCCAGGCAACACUUCCUCCAGAGCAGGUGACGGCGUGGCGUGUAGAGGCUGCUCGGUUCGAUGUAGCAAACUUCAUGAAACAUGUUUGAAAAAUGCACCAAAUCAAUCACUGUUGUGUUUAUGCUGCACUUUUCCAUACGUGUGACUUCCUGUGGAGCACAACCUUUUCAUAUUGGUUUUUACACAUAUUUCUGUGCCUGUUCGUUAUUGUACUAACAAAGAGGUUGCACACUGUGACCUGUUUUUGAGUGUUUUCUUGCAUCUGACGAAGGAGCGGCAAUGUUACAAACCAAUCACUUUGCAUUCGCUCUUGAGGAACAGAGGUCAUCUGCGUUGACCACUCUAGAGUUACUAACAUAGAAAUGUGAUCAGGGGGCACUUUAAAGCCCCCAGUGAUUUAAAGAUAGAGGCUGUGCACUAACCCUACAGAAGGAAGGACACGGCCACAGAGAUGCUGCUUACACUGGGCGGACAAAGGACCGGUUUGAAUCCAAAGUGCCUCAUAUUGACUCUGUUGUGUAUGGAAAGCCAGAGACGACAAAUUCUUGUCCUUUAAAGUCAUUCUGAUGCAAACAGGCGUCAUUUCUGUUCAUCUGAAAUCCUGUAUUCGGGUUUGCAUAGGAGAGCCAUGAAGUUGUUUCUAGGGCCAGCAAGGCAUCUUUUUAUGUUAGUGUGUUUUAAGUUGUUACCCUGAAAUCUAAUUUCAUGGUGACCUGCUCAUGUUGGACUCUACCAUGUCAAUGGUGGCUGUUGUACAAUAAACACAAGCUAUAAUCAUGCCAAACUACUUUUUAACUACACGUAAAGAACCUUUUACACGCUGUUAGUUGCAUUAUUAGUAAGCAGACGUGCGCCCAUUCUCAGUCAGCUGAGCCACGCUGUAAAUAGCUGCACGCUCUUUGUUGGUGAGGCUGGACAGAGUCGGGCUAAACCCUCACAGCAGAACCCCAGCUUAACACUUUUAUUUUGAAAUUCUCAUCAGUCCAAUAAUUUCAAUUAAUAUAUAUUUACUUUCACUUCAACCUAUAUUAUGUGCAAGUGACUCAAUCACACUGGGCUCUCCAGUCCAGCCAGUAUGUUUGCUUGACUGCUGUGAGUGUUUGCGUCUGCCACUGUUAUCAUAGUUGUGUAUAGUUUCUCACGUACGUUACUGUACCAGGAUUUUAUGUAUUUAUGGUUUGUUUGCUGCAGAAGGCAAACAGCAGGGGUCUGACACACUGGAAGCUGUAAAGCACGGAUGGUCUCGACUGUUAUUCUGUUGUACCUGUUCAGGUUUGAAAAUAAAUCGUUUUUUCCCCA